UCUCAUCCAUAAAUAAUUUUUAUUUCCAGUAUUAUUUCAAAUAAAAUUGAUUAUCAGUUUAAGCUCUGAUUUGUAUAUGAACUUCACUGCAGACCUGGUCUGGUCAGCUGAUUAUUCACUAUUCUGGUGUAUUUUGUAUUAUCAAUGGCUGUAUUUCUUAUAAAUAUAUGUAAAUUUAAUAACUGCGGUCUAAUAUUUAAAACUUUGAGUGACUUAGUACUUCACAUUGAAGAAAAUCACAUUGACUAUGACUCUACCAUAGUCCUAGAUCAGAAGGAGCAGCAGCAGCCGACAUGUCUGCCUUUGAGUUAUGUGCUGCGUUUCUACGCAGAGCCGAACAGUCAGAAUAGUGACAAUCACAACAAACCCACCGCAAUUGUGCCUGUCACAAUACCAUCUUCCACAACCACAACCCCAAAGACUGUUGCAGAAACUGAAGUGGAAAUAAAAGAUGGAUUUGUGAGUGAUUUUGAAGACAGCAAUGAAUCAUGGACUACGACGCAGGGAGGAUUCAGCUCCGAUUUUAUUUUACGGUAUGGCACUAAAACCGCCAAUAAUGUAAACUUGUCAAUAAAUCAAGAGAAACCUUUUGGCUGUCCUGUUCCUGGAUGCAAGAAAAGAUACAAAAACAUCAACGGAAUCAAGUAUCAUUCGAAAAACGGCCACAAGAACGAAGGAAGGGUGAAAAAGGCCUACAAAUGCCACUGCGGCAAAAGCUACAAGACAUAUUCGGGCCUAAAGGGACAUUCGGCAACAGCACACGACAGAGCAACCAUGACACAGAUGACGUCACAAAACGGCGACCCGCUACAAGUACCUGUCAAAGCGCUCACUUUGAAGAGCAUCGCUUCUUUGGGACUACCUCUCAAAACUCUCAUCAUAAGACAAGACUCUCUCACCAAAUCCUUCACCUCCACUCUAUCCUCAGCUCCUCCCUCCUCUGCCUCGCCUCCCUCCUCUCUACCGGCUUCUUCUCCUCCUCUUCUUUCUCCUUCUUCACUAUCGUCGUCUUCGUCUUCGUGGAAAGAUGAGUGAAGUGGAGAAGACAUGUUGUUUGUAGCGGGUGGUUCAUAGAGCAGGGUGGACAAAAACCUUUCAGAAACUUGUGUAAAAUGUGUUUUCACAAUAUCAAGUUUUAUUUUGUUUGAAUCAUUAGAUGAGCAUUCAUAUCUGAUAUCUUAUAUAUUGAGUUUGAUUUAUGUUUUAUCAUUGAGGAGAAGAGUUUGUUUUGUGUUCAAUUUUUGUAUUAUCUGAGAAACAACUAAAUUAUUCUAUCCAAGGCCAAAAAAUAUUUAUCCACAUAAACUUAAAGUUGAAGUGACGUCACUUAGUUUAAAUACAAUGCUGUUUUUCACGGGAUAAAAUAUUGUUAGUUGUUUUUCAUUGAAAAUAAGAGUUUAUGUUGUUUUUGAAAUGUUUGUGUAUAGGAUAAGUUUUUGACUUCGUCCAGAAGAUGAGUUGAUUUCUUAUUUCAUUCUCUCAAGAACAACUUCAAAAUCUACUGCAUAUUAUUUCAUCUAUGAUCUAUGAUCAGUAAACUAUAUAAGUUAAAUUUAAUAUUGAGCUUGUUGAUGGGAUAUUUUUAAGCAUAUAAUUCUUUAUCAUUCUUCUGAAUUUUCUAUUUCAGAUUGAAUGUUUGAAUCAUAUUUCUAAAAAUAUGAUUUUUUUCGAAGAUGAAUAUGGUUUCAUUCUCUUUCAAACAUUAUUAAAUUUCUAAAAAGACAAAUGCAUAUUACUGGUUUGCAAUAUUCAUUGAAUCAUUCAUAAUUACGAAAGUACCUACUCAUUUGAAAUGAAUAAUCUUUAUACCAAUGAAAAGAGAAAAUUUCAAAGUUUUUUCUCCAAUAAAUACCUUGGGACCCUAUUAGACAAGGCAGACAACUAGGUCAACACAGUCAGCCGGGCAGGCAGUCGCUCACUCCAUCAUCGGACACUGUUUUUCGAGUAGGGCAGCCAUUUUUUGGCUGCUGGUUGGAUGCCAAGCCCAUAGACCACACUGGUAGCCAAAACGUGGCUGUCCAAGUCUUAAAACAAUACCCGGUGACGGAGUGAGUGGCUGCCUGUGUGGCAGGGUUGCCUGGUUGGCUGCGCGUUCUGGCUGCCUAGUCUAAUAGGGGCCCAAGGUAUUUAUUGUAAAAAACUUUGGAUUUUCCGCUUUCCAUUGGUAUAAAAGUUAUUCACUUCGAAUGAGCACUUUGGUAACUAUAUACAAAUGAAUCUUUUGUAGAAGCCCUGUAGUUAUAAAUCAUUUUUGUAAAUCUAGUAAUUUCUCAUUUGUUAGAAGUUGAUAUCGAUACAGAACUUACUGAUGCCGUAGUCUAAUCGGAAACUUCUAUAUAUUAUCUGAGAACUUCAGAGAGAGCACAUUAUCUACUCCCAUAAUAAUGUUCAGUGUUUCUGAGAAAUGUCCUAUGUUAUUCAUGUAGAAAGGGGACAUCUCAUAUUCUCAUCAAACUCAUUCCUCCUCAAUGAUAAAACCAGUUUAAGAUUAUUUUCUAUCAAAUUUGUCUGAACCAAACUCGUUAAAUCCCUCAAUGAUAAUACUGUACAAAUACUGUACGUUUACUACAAAUACUGUAUAAUACAAUGAUAAUACAAAUCAAAUAUGUCUGAACCACCCUUUGUCGCUCUACAGGCUUGAACAUUAUUGUGAUGAUCUUUGCAGCCUUAUAUGUCGUAGAAUAUAUUAUAAGUUAGUUGUAUUUAGAAUUGAAAACUCAGUAUUGAUGGAGUUUAGAUGCUGAGUCUGAAAAGAGUUCAGAGUUGAAAAUCUUUUGUGUUGCUUUUUAGUUUCAUUUGUACAUAAAAUUUUCCAAAGAGAUUGAUUGUGUUAUGAAGCGACAUGACUGAGUUACAAUUUUAAUGACGUCAUAGUUUCUGUAACGUGAACACUGAGGAUGCACAAAUUAUUUUGUAAAACAAUUAAGUACUGACUUGUGUCUGGGAGUGACUGAAUUUCAGUUAUGUUAUAUAAUUUUACCAAAGAUUUUUAGUCAAUGCUCAGUUUAAGUUACUGUGAUGUGGAAGUCACAUUUAGUUAUUUUUCAUUUUGUAGUUUUAGUUGCUUUAUUUUAAGUUGAUAACUUCUAGUUUUCAAUAUUAAUAGUUGAGAGAUAAAGUCGUGUCCACACUGAACAAAUGCUCGACAAACAUGUUUUUUGAAACGGUUUGGGCAAAUGUUAUUAUGUUUGACAAACCAUGUUUGCCCGUGACCAGUGUGGACGCGUCACCAAACAAAAUUUUUGUAAGUGAGGAGAAAAGGUUUUAUGUAUAACAGCUGUUUUACAGCUGUCAGCACUGAAAAUGUUUGAAGAACAGUAAUUUUUUGUUUGAUAAACAAUGAUUGUCCAAACUUUUAAAAAUGUUUGUCCCUGAUCUCCUCAACAAAAAUGUUUGCCGAACAUGUAUGUCGAACAUUUGUUCAGUGUGGACACGGCUUUAGAAACCAAGUUUUGUUUUUGUGAAUCUUUUUCAGAGGAUCAACUUUGUUCAAUUAAAGUUCCUGUUACUGUAUUUCCAGUUAAUUAUUAUUUAAGUGUUGUGAUACAAUACUUUAUUAUUAUUUGUAUUAGUAUGUUGUAUGAUUUCAAUUUAAACACUUAAUUUGUUGUAUACGGUACAUGAUGUUACUUACAUAGUCUGGAAAAACCCAAAUAAUGAUUAAGGUUUAGAUGUUUUACAAUAAUAGAAAUAGUUUGAACGCAAAACGCAAAGCACUGCUUAAAUUUUGUUAAGAAAAAUGUUGUUGUCUUAUUUUGUAUAAUUAUUGUAAUUUAUCUGGCAAUUCAGUUCAAACAGUUCUGUGAAGAAGCCAAAAGAGGGCGACACGAUAUAUUUUCUCUUCAGCCACUAUUUAACUGGGUUUACAUAAUUUUAACCACUAUUAAACUGAGUUUACAUAAUUUUAACCAGUAUUAAACUGGGUUUACAUAAUUUUAACCAGUAUUUUAACUGGGGUAAACAUUUAAUCCAGUUCUAUUAAUAUAAUAAUCGUUUACUUUUGAUUCGUCUCUGAUGUGAAGAGCAUGAUAAAAGUACUUUGAUUUCUCUACAAAUUAGACUAUCCAUCUUGAAACAGCAACUGGUUUUCAUUCAUCAAUUUAAAACCUGAGGCCCGGUUGCACAAAAGCCUGAUAAAUUUUAAUCAUGAUCAAAUGCUACGAAAUCCAAUGAGAGAAUAAAGUACUUGAUUGGUUCUUGUAGCAUAUAAUCAUGAUCAAAAUCUAACAGGUUUUUGUGCAACCGGGACUCGAAUUUUAAAUUGAUGAAUGGAAAUCAGUUAAUCUUCUCUUGUAAGCAGUCUUAUUUAUCCAAAAAAAUCCAAGUAGAUCUACUUUUAUCAUGGUCUUCAUUUCAGAGGUGAAUCAGAAGUAAACAAAUAUAGGAAAUCAAACUUUCUAUUAUUGAAAACGUCUUAGAUACCUUAAAUCUUAAGUUUUUUACAUAUCAAAAUUUGAAUCAGUAAUAAGUUUCUCCCUAUUUUUGCAAAAUGAACACAUAGUGGGUGCUACUAAAAAGCUAUGUGCCAGCAAAAUUAAAUUAGUAAGUUAUUGUAAAUUAAUUUUUUCAAAUGUUACACUAAAAUUUGUACUUGAACGACCAUAUUGCUUGUUAUUAUUUAAUUGAACAUUGAAAUUCGAUUUUUCUAGGUGUGUUAUUCUAUUCAUUAGAUUAAGAAUCAAACAAUACACUUUGAAUAUACAUAAUGUAUUUGAAACAUGUAUAUACAAAUGUUAACUACUUACUGUACGGAACCCCAGAAUCAAUAAGAAAUGUGAUUAGAGGUGCGCAUAUAUUUUUAUAAAAGUAUUAAAAAACUAAUGGAAUAUCAAAAUUGAAGACAGCUAUUUUGUAGUAAUUUUCGAGUAGUGACAGUAAAUUUUAUUUGCUUUGGAA